AUAACUGCUAUUUCCUCUGUUCAAUACACGCUUUGUGUUUGUAAGAAAAUGCUUAAACUCAUGAUCAUUCCAUUCUUCAUCCUAUCCUGCUUUCAAGCCACUCAGGAGAGUCAAAAAUCCAAUGAGAAAGAUAGCGAGCAACUGUCUAACCCUGAGUUUGGAUCUCUCCAAAAGAGCUUGGAGGUACAAAUUGGCCAGAAUGUGACUCUGUCCUGUCAAUCCACCAAUGGCUCUCUUCCUAUCAACUAUACAUUUUUUAGAGGAAAUCAGAAUCUGUGGCCGAUUAUAACGAAGGAGGACAGGAACCCAGCUCUGUUUAACCUAACUGUCAGUUCUGCCAGCGACUUGGGGGAAUAUAAAUGCAAAGUUGUAAACGGAAUCUCCAACAGUUCAAAAUACAGCAAGAGUCUCAACUUUACGUUACUAGAUCCAGUGUCCAAACCAGUGCUGAGCACGACUACUUCCCAAGUGAGGAUAGGCCAGAAUGUGACACUGUCUUGUCACUCAGAAAACGGCUCUUCUCCCAUCAACUACAUAUUUUUUAAAGGACGGAAAACGAUGUCAUCCAGAAUACCUAUGCAAGGAAAGGCAGCAGCUGUGUUAAAUGUAAUUAUCAAUUCUCCCAGUGACUUGGGCGACUAUAAAUGCAAAGCUGAAAAUAAUAUCCCCAAUACUACAAAAUAUAGCAACAGUCUCAACUUUACACUAGCAGAAGAGGAUGGCCCUUCCUAUCCCCUCCUCAUUUUUCUUGUGCUGCUGUUUCUGCUGGUGGUGAUAGCAACUGUCCUACUGGUUCCAUUUCUGAUCCUGCCUUGGUGUAAAGCAAGAAAACUGAAGUCAGCUGGUUCCUCAACUAGUUUUGUUUCAACAGACAAGGCAACAGGGCCUGAAAAUUACGUGACAUACACUGAGAUAGAGUAUGCUAAAUCUGAAGAAGUGGAGUAUGCCAACAUACUGAUUAGAAAAGAGGAGAAAGACAGGAAAGUGAACAUGAGGGCAGAUACUACAGUUUUCUACUCUGAAGUCAUCAUAAGAGAUGGAACACAACAAGCAGAGACCUGCAUUUGUCACCACAUAUCAGCAACAUGUGUAUUAUCUGGACUCUCAGCCAAGGAAAACUUAUCCAACUUACUGAAAAUAUCCUUUCUUCCAAGAGACCAAAUCCUCUAG